CCUCGCAGCGGCCGACACCUGAUCCUCCAUGUCUCACUGCAGCCUUUUGUGCCAGUUUUUCAUAUCUGAAAUAUCUGCAGGCAUUCGGCUGCAGUGCACAGUCUGCCAUGGCACUGCGAGAAUGGGGAACAAGCAGACCAUCUUCACAUCCCAGCAGCUGGACGCAUAUCAGGACUGCACAUAUUUUACCAGAAAAGAAAUUCUGAGGCUGUUUCACCGGUACCGUGAUUUGGCUCCUCAGCUGGUGCCGCUGGACUACACCAAUGAGCCGGACGUGCGUUUGCCGUAUGAGCUGAUUGGCAGCAUGCCGGAGCUGAAGGAUAACCCAUUCAGACAGAGGAUCGCAGAGGUUUUCUCUGAGGACGGACAGGGAAACAUGACUCUGGACGACUUUCUGGACAUGUUUUCAGUGAUGAGUGAAAUGGCGCCGCGGGACCUGAAGGCAUAUUACGCCUUUAAGAUAUACGACUUCAACAAUGAUGACUUCAUCUGCAAAUCAGACCUGGAGAAAACUCUGAAUAAACUGACCCGAAACGAGCUCACAGAGGACGAGGUGCGGAUGGUGUGCGAGAAGGUGAUCGAUGAAGCUGAUCUAGACAAUGAUGGCCGCCUUUCCCUGGAGGAUUUCCAGCACAUGAUUUUGAGAGCGCCUGAUUUCCUCAGCACCUUCCACAUCAGAAUAUGAAGAUCAUCUGGACACUGACCGACAGGGCAUUUACUGUUAACAGCUGCAAUAGAUGAUGUUCUUUCUGCAGAUUCAGAAGUCAGGUACAAAUGUUUAAAACGCAGAAGAAGUAAAGCACCUGUACAUAUAUACCAAGAGUAUUCAGGUUAAAAUAUCUUCAACAUAAAAUAAGCCAUGAACAUGCCUGAAAAGGAUGCCUAUAUUCAAAUUUCCCUGAAAACAUAUUCAACCAUCAGUAUUAAACACACAACGAUCCGUCUCUUAAAAGAAUCUUAUUUUAAUAAAUCAAAAGUACAGAUAUCUACAA